AAUUGAGCUUGUAUUCAUUUGUAGUUUAUUAGAGUUAGGUCUUAUAAACCUGUUACAGUUUUGUAAAACAGCAAUUAAGCAAACGUACGUGUUUGGAAGGUGAUUUUAGCCGUUUACUUAGCCGGCUGCGUCACGAAGCUGAGGAACUAAGCUUGAUUUUCAGAGACACCAACAUACACGUGUGUUUCUAAAGGCUCAGAGCUAUGAAUAUCUAUUUUUGUGGCAGUAUCCGCGGAGGAAGGCAGGAUGUGAUGAUUUAUCAGAGAAUUGUGAAGAAACUGCAAACUUAUGGCAAAGUUUUAACCGAGCACGUAAGCAACAGGGGUCUCACUGAGGAAGGUGAGGAUGCAGUGCUGGAUGGGGAUAAGGCUAUCCAUGAUCGGGAUAUGAAGUGGAUGUUUCAGGCUAAUGUCAUUGUUGCUGAGGUGACCCAGCCAUCUUUAGGUGUAGGAUAUGAACUUGGUCAGGCCAUUGCAUUAAAAAAGAGGGUUCUCUGCCUUUUUCGACCCUCAUCAGGGAAAGUGCUGUCGGCCAUGAUACGGGGGGCAGAUGAUGGGUCAGAGAGCUCCCUCUUCCAGGUACAGGAUUAUGUAGAAAAAGAAGUUGAAAGUAUCCUGGAGAAUUAUUUUGACAAACUGAACAAAAAAUAAUGUGCACUAUAAUUAAUGACUUAUAGUGUAAUUUCAUUAUCCAGCUCUGUUUGAAGAGAGUUCAAAGGCACUUACACAUUUACUGUGUUAUGUUUUAAACCCCUUUCCCCCCCAAAAAAGUUGGGACGUUGUGUAAAAUGCAAUCAGUAUGAAAACAUUUAGAAUUUGAUGUCUACAAAAGUUGGGACAGAGGCAAAAUAAGAGCAAAAAGUUUAUAGAGUACGCAAGUUACAUUAUUCCACAAAAAGCAGAUGAAUUGAUAACAGGGAAUCAUGAUUGGGUAAAAAAAGGAACAUCCACCAAUGGAUCAGUCUGUGCAAGCAAUCAUGGGUCAUGGCUCACCACUCUGUACCACCUACUGUUCUUAAUAUUGUGUAAAGGGAAUCUAAAGAGAGCGCAAAGCAGGAAACCACUAUGAAAUGUGACCUUUGAGCUUGCAUGAUAAACCGUCAUGCUACUGUGAUAAAUAUAUCCAUAAAAUAUAGGUUUGGGAGUACUUAGAAAACCAUUGUCACUGAAAACAGUUUGAUGUUGCAUAAGCAAUCUGAAGCGCCGUUACACAAAAAGAAAGCCGGGCAUCAAUUCUAUGCAUAAACGGCUCCAAGUUCUCCAGGCUUGACUGGCCUGCCUGCAGUCUACAGUAGAUCUGUCUCCUGUUAAAAAUGUACUAGGGAUCUUCAAAUACAGGUAUCUUCUGCCAUUUUAUAUUUACAUUGGAAAUGGUGAGAGCGGUAGGAGGAGUAAUUGGUCGUGUCUGACAGAGAGAGCUUAUAGUCCGGAUUUAGCAGCAUCUGAUUUCCACCUUUUUGAACCCUCAAGAAGCUUCAAGGGGAAGAAUUAUUUCAUGUGAUGAUGUGAAAGCAGCGGUGCAUCAGUGGCUACGUGCUCAACGAAAAAUUUUUUUACUGAUGGCAUUAAAUAGGCAUGACGCAAAGGAAGGUGACUAUGUACAAAAGUGAUGUAUUUUGUUUUUGAAAUUCUUAGUAAAUAAAGUUAAAAAAAAAAGUGCGGAAACUUAUUGAAGAACCCUUGUUUCAUGCAGCAUAAAGUGGAUAAUCAGACAAUGGCGACCACAGACUGAUAAGCAGCCGAAUUCUCAUAUCAAGCAAGAGAGGACAAAAAAUCCACUUGCAAAACUGCAACAAUUGGUGUUCUCAGUUCCCAAACCAUAUGUUGCAGGCAUCACAUUCUAAAUGUGUUUAUAUAAAUACAAAGAAGUUGAUUGGAAAUCUUUUCUUCGUACUUUUAUCAGUUAAAUAAAGUGUCAAAAAAAUAAAUCACAAGUUCUUUUUUUCUACAAAACAUCCUAACUUUUCUAGAAAAGGGGUUUGUACUUUGACAUGUUUCUUUUUGUUAGACUAUCACAAACGUUUUACGUUUUAUUAAUUAAAAAAUGGUUGUUUUUACUGUAAUUUUUUAAAUCAAU